AUGGAGAUGGCGACUAGAAUAAUUAUUUUAUAUGGCAGUCAGACGUAUACUUCACAAGAAAUUGCUGAAAGAAUAUGGAGAACAACAAAGAUCUUGGGUCUUAAGGGUCCUGUGAUGGCCAUGGACGAUUACCCUAUAUCGAGGCUCAUUCACGAAGAAUAUGCGCUGUUUGUCUGUGCCACCACCGGGGAGGGCGAUGAGCCGGACAAUAUGAAGUCAUUCUGGAAGUUUUUAUUACGAAAAAGUCUCCCUACCAACUCGUUGGUGAAUCUGAAGUUCGGAGUUAUAGGAUUGGGAGAUUCGUCAUAUGACAAGUUUAAUUUUGCUGCUAAAAAGCUGCAUAAGAGAUUGAUACAGUUAGGUGCCCAACCAUUAUUAGAUACAGCUCUCUGCGAUUAUCAACAUGACUUAGGACAUGAUGCUGUGAUGAUACCGUGGCUUCAAUCAUUCUAUGGGAAACUAAAACCAAUGCAAGAUAUAGACUCAGAUAUUGGAGCUACAAAAUUUAUUCCUCGGUGGAGGACAUCACUUUUUAAAAAUGAUAUUGAGACUUGCGAAAAUGGGUUAAAUAAAGACAUGUAUUUUGGAAAUAGCAACACUGACCAUUUCGUUAACCCCAUCUACUUAGAAGUAGACAGUAAUCAAAGGACAACCCAUGAAACACACUUUCAAGAUGUGAGAUUAAUAUCUUUCAAGACAGUGCAAGAUGAAAAAAUGAACUAUUGCCCUGGAGAUGUAUUCAAUAUCAGACCUCGUAAUAGCAAAGAUGACAUAGAUGACCUUUUCAGUAUAUUUGAAACUCAUAACAUUGAUAUAAAACCUCAUUAUAUGUUGAAUGUAGAGGAAUACCAUGAAGGUAAGAAUUUGUUUUUAUUUUGGAAGAAGAAAAACGAAAUCAUUGUGAUUGAAUAG